ACUACAGAGACCACGUCUGUGCUCGGCCCUGCGAGAACUACACCACAGCCAGGCUCUGCCACUACGACUUUCUGCUGGAGAACUAUUACGUGCUGUCCAAGGCGUGCUACAACUGUCCUUACAACCAGUCAGACUGUCUCAGGCCUCAGUGUGUCUCUGCCGGUGGUUUGGCUCGCAUCAUCAAGACGGUCAACCGAAUACUUCCUGGACCCGCCAUACAAGUGUGUGAAGGUGACACGAUUGAAGUGAAAGUCACCAACAUGUUGGAGAGCGGAGAGGGCACCAGCGUCCACUGGCACGGCUUCCUUCAGCACAACACGGCCCACAUGGACGGCACGCCCAUGGUCACUCAGUGCCCUAUCCUGAUGGGUUCUCAUUUCACAUACAGGUUUCAAGCUGUUGACGUGGGCACCUACUUCUGGCACAGCCAUGCAGGAACCCAGCGAGCAGACGGUGUCUUCGGCGCCCUCAUUGUACGGCAGGCAGCAGAUCGUGAACCUCAUCGUCAUCUCUACGACUACGACCUCCCAGAGCACGUGAUGAUAGUCAAUGACUGGGUGACUGUGGACACGGCUGACCGACUGGCAGAGUUGGUUCACAUCCGGGAAAACCUCAAUGAAACUAUACUUAUCAACGGUAUGGGACAGUUCCAACAGUUUGUCAACAAUGAAACAAAUGCUACUGUAUUCACACCUCGCGCCAACUUCACGGUAACCCCUGGCUUCCGGUACAGGUUUCGGGUCAUCAACUCUGGCGUCUUGAACUGCCCUCUCGAGCUGCAAAUAGACAACCACACGCUGAUGGUCAUUGCCUCAGAUGGAAGUCCCGUGGAGCCCGUGUCUAGACAGAGUUUUACUAUCCAUGCUGGAGAGAGAUACGAUUUUGUUCUAGCCACCCAAAAUUCCUCCGCUCCAAGAAAUUACUGGAUCAGAGUGCGUGGACUAAAGAACUGCGCCCUGAGCAAUGUCUCCCAGACCGCCAUCUUGAGAUAUCAGGGGGCUGGGGAUCAGCUGCCACCUGAAACAUUGACAUGGAACAGUCUGGCCAGCUAUACAGAAACGGAAACCAUAGUGGAGCAGCUAGUCUCCCUGUCUGCAGCUGACGACAUCGUCCUGGCUAAACCAGACAAAAAAAUCUUCCUCCAAGUUGACAUGGUCAAGAUUGAUAACCACCGCGCCUACAGUCCACCCCUCUACACACUAGCAUCAAGUGCCUUGUUUGAGUCGCCACAGAUCAACGGCAUCACCUCGCUGCUACCACCGGCUCCACCUUUAACACAGCUCGAUGACCUGCCGCAGGACAUCUUCUGUAACAAGGAAACAGUUCAGCAGGACUGCAAGCAGGACUGGUGUGUCUGUGUACAUCGUCACCAGCUGGCGCUGGGUGACCUCGUGGAGCUAGUGAUCCUGGACGACGAAGCCUACCACCCCAUGCACCUGCACGGACACAAGUACCGACUAGUCGGUUACGGACAACUAGAAGAGGGUACAGACCUGGACGAGUUGCAAAGACUGGACUCUCAGGGUCAGUUAAACAGAUCUACCGCCAGAGCUCCAAUCAAAGACACAGUUGCGGCCCCUGUUAGUGGAUACACGAUUCUUCGGUUUCGAGCUGACAAUCCCGGAUUCUGGCUCUUCCAUUGCCAUCUGGAAUUUCAUGUUGAGACCGGAAUGAUGAUGAUCUUUCAAGUUGGCAACUCCACGCAGCUGCCUCGACGGCCAAAAAACUUCCCCAAGUGCGGCAGCUGGGACUUCCAAGGCUACGAAGAUGCCACCUCAAGUGGUGCUGCUGUAGACAAUACCUGUAAGUGUAACGUCACUUGCAACCUCAUCAGCGGCAUGGCCAGGAGCAUUGCAUCUCGGGAUACGUGUGGUCUGAAAACUGUGUUGGUUCUUGCAUUCACACUUGCAUGUCAGCUGACUCUGUGGUCUGGAUAUUGGUAG